GGAGGGAACGCAUGCUCCGUGCGGCGGCGCCUAGGCUCGCCCGCUCCGCUCGCAGCGCUUCCCAAGGCUCUGUCACACAAGCGAAGGGAGAGACCAGGCUGGGCAGACGGCGUGAAUUAUUGACGGAGGCAAUGGCGCUGCGGCCGGCGUGGAGCGUGGUGCGCGUGGCCAUCCCCUUCCUGUCGCUGCUCGGCCUGCUGGGCGCGAGCAGCGCCGGGGCCAGCCAGGACGCGGGGAGCGUCAUCCCGGCCGAAAGUCGUCCCUGUGUCGACUGCCAUGCGUUUGAGUUCAUGCAGAGGGCGUUGCAGGAUUUGAAGAAGACUGCCUAUAAUCUAGACACACGGACAGAAACCCUCCUCCUGCGAGCAGAAAAGAGAGGCCUCUGUGACUGCUUUCCUGCAAUAUACUGAAAGGAACACAGGGAUUUGGCCAAUGGACACUCACUCAUUUUUAAAGUUCUGCUCAAUAAAUUACAGGAAGAUCUAGCGGCACCACAAGGAAACCAAUUUUUAUCCAAACAGGUACAGCUCAGUUAGACCGUUUCUGCUUUGAUGUGUUUUGUCAUUACUCUGUGUGAUACUGCAUCUACUGAAAUGUCAGAAGACGAAACAGGGCGACAGUCAUGCUCGUGGGUUUUAUGGAAGGUCAGCAUGUCACUUUUCUCAUAUUUCAAGCCAAAUAUUGUCCGGAGACUCUCAGGGCAGAUCCUCAGCACAUGUAAAUUGCCAUAUAUCUGGAAAAGUCAGUGGAAAUGUCAUCAUUUCAUAUCAGCCAAGAGAAGACAUCUAAGGAUAUACUUUUAAAUAAUUCUUUGAUAUAUUUAGUGUCAGAAUGUGGCCCUCAGAAAAAGAAGGGUGUUUUGCAACGAUGCAUAGCUGAAAGCUACUUAAAAGCAGUGAUGUUUUUAUAUAGAAAUUAAUAGUUGUCAUCGACUGCUUGACAAUUUGUGGAAAGUAUUUGGGUAUUUGCCCAAAAUUGUAGAGAUUAUCGCAAUAGUCCAGUACAUGGCAAACACAGUAACAUGCAUCACAGCAUUCAUUUCUUCAGAGCCACACAGUAACUAUGAUCUUUUUGGAGGGAUUUAUUAAGUACCUAAUGUGAUCAGUAAUGUUUGUAAUCACAUGAACACUGCCUGGCAAUUGAACUCGUUGUGUCUGCCAAAAUCUUCCGGAAAAGUGUCUUUCAUUAAGCAAAUCACAUACUGGGGUGAAGCAUUCUCACUGGCCUCUGCAGAGAGCUCUGGCAAAGAGCCUCCAAAAUGCCUGUGCCCCCAGAAAUCUCCU